UUACUCUCUAAUUUUGUAGUGGUCGGCGGGCAAUUUUUCGAAUACACGCAUGAACUUUGGCGCCUGAUUAAAGACAAUCCAAAUGCUAUAGCAAUAACUUAUGAAGAAAUGAAAAAGUUUCCCUUUGAAGUAGUGUCUCGUAUUGCCAAGUUUCUCGGGAAGUCUAUUAGCAACCAGCUAGCUGAAAACAUCAUUGACAUGUGUUCGUUUGAGAAGAUGAUAACUGAAAAAAGUACCGAAAGUUCUAAUUUUUCAAAAGAGCUAUUCCGGGACAAUGGAUCUUUUUAUCACAAUGGUCAAAUUGCGACUUGGAAAAAGUGGUUAACUGUAGAACAAAGCGAGAGAAUAGAUGCUUGCAUCCAAUCACAGCUCAUUGACCAGGGAAUCAAUUUUAAUUUUUGAGUUAUUUAAUGUCUUUUAAGUAAAAGUUUGUAACAUUAUUUACAAGAGAUUGUCUUGGCAAUAAACAAAUAUCUGGUGAAAAGAUGCUCUAUUCUAUUGGAAUUAUUAAAAUAUUUGCUUUGUUUCAAUGUGUUACACUCAAUAAUGAAUAAUGUGGACAUUGUGAUAUUUAUAAUUAAUGAUUAUAUAAAUACGGAUUGUCUUCGACUUUAUCUUUUGCAUUUUGUUAUCACUGGACUGCAGUCACACUGGAACACCACUUUGAAAGGCUUUAGUCGAAUAAAUCUAUCCCAUGAUUUCUGUCUUUUAAAGCGCGAUACUUAUUCUAUAGGUUACUUCUGCGGAACCAGAAAAUUACGGGGAUGUAAACAAACCAACAAUAUUUGUUACAGAAUCGGGGAAAUUUGGUUAUAAUCCUAUGGCUCGGGAUUAAACGUUGAUCUUUAUAUAUAUAUAUAAACAAUUUGAAAAACCUACAUGACAAGGUGAAAAGCGCUUCAUUUAAUAUGACAUUAAUAAAAAUCUGUAAACGUACAAACA